UGUGUAAAUACUUCUUUCAAGCCAUUCCACAUUUUAUAUUGAUUUAAUUCUCCGUGUGUCUAUAUAAAUUGGAUAAUGCACGCUAUUCAUAAAAGGACUGUAACUUGAUAUGUAGUGAUCGACGAAAAUACUUCCAAAGUCCUCCUUAAAAUGACACAUGAGAUGUUUAGCAAUAUAGCUGCAAUCAUUAUGUUUUGUAAAUUUAUUAAUACCUGCAAGGGACGAUUGUGCAUUAAUUAUAAGAACGGUUUGUGUAUGCAUUAAACAUUGUGAUUUGAAAACACUUGGGCGAGCGUUUAUAGCAACAGCCUUUAAACUUAGAUGAAUUAAUAUUUUCAUCAUAAAGCUAUAUGUCAUUCGCAUUAACAUGAACUGGAAAUUAUAUACAUUAACCAUAAUCGUGCACGUGCUGAUCGUACCGAAAGUGAUGACGUCACGGGAAUUUGUGACACCGGGACUUCCGGCGUGCUACGUGUCGUUGUCGAAGGAAGAAGCCGUGGAGGGUUUGUCAACUUCCUGCAAUAUUUCGGCUGCACAAUGUUCGCAGAAUGGACUGGCCUAUUAUCUAUAUUGUGGCGCGGAUCACUACUGCUGUAACCAGGACGACGGAUGUCAGGCAUGUUGUCCCAAUCGGUCGUCUCUGAACAAGAAUGAAGUGGCUGGAAUUGUAAUCGGCUGCGUCAUUCUGACAAGCAUCAUCAUGGUGGCCACCUACGUCAUUUCCGGGAAGUUCUGCAAGCUGAAAUCUUCGGCAAUGAGCGAUGGUUGAUCACGGUAAAUAACAACCGGAUAUGAUGUCAAAUGCUGUGAUGUCAUAUGCCAAACAGUGAAGCCAUAAGCAUUUAAAAUGUCAAAGUGUGUAAUGAAACGUGAAGCAAUAAGCAUGAUAAUUUUUAAACUGUGUGCUUCGAAAAGUGUAUAGACAGUCCUUAUUGUUCACAUUGAACCGGACUUAUGCCCCUCAAUGCAAUACUUCCAAAAUACGAAACUCUAGUUAGAAAUUCUAGCCGAUGUGUUCCAAGCGCAUAACGAACAGUCGGCAAUCAAUACGCAUUUAUUAUAUUCCUGCUUGUGAAUGUAAACUUUUCAGGGACCUUACUUAAACUGAUCUUUCGAUAAUAAACAUGCGCCUCGCUCUGGGAAAAGGGAGCUGUGUGCUGUCCGCACAGGCUAAUCAGAGCCGACACUGUCCGCAUGUAUUUGUUUAAAGAAAGUCUGUUCUAAACGAAAAUAAAAUCAAGGCGAAAAGUGUCAUCUCUGAUAAGCCUGUUUAGUUUACACAGGCUAAUAUUGGACGUUACUAUAACGAACUUGCAUUUAAGCAAGUUUCCCCAGAACGUGGUUCAUACUUUUGUUACAGUGGUGCACAAACCAUUUAACUGAAUCAACAUAUAGAGCUUCGCAUUUACACUGCUUUUGCUCGAUUUUCGUUUGCGGUGAAGAUGUUUGCCCUCAUGUUAAAUUGUUAUAUACAUUUUUGCGUAU